GGUAUAGUAGAAUUGCGGUUCUUGAACGUAUAAUUUACAAAGCGCGCGCUUAAUCUGACGUAUUUUGAUUGUAUGGAACAAAAUACUCGAGAAACUUGAAGAAUUCACUAUUUAAUUUAAAAUAUAUUAUUAAUUACUUGAACAGUGGCAAUCAAUAUGGAUUCUAAAAACCAGUGCGAAAACUUAGAACCAGACUUCAAUAUGAACCUUCUAUUGUCUAAUAUAGUUAGUCAGAAACCCUUCAGUAAUUGCAGACUAUGUCUAAAGGAAAUUCGUGAAGAGUAUGUACGUUUCCAUGAUAGUGUUAGUGUACUACAAAACGGUGAAUUCCAGCCUUUAUCUGAGGUACUGGAUAUAUUAUUAAAAGACGAUGAAAAGUUACAGGUUACUGAAGAAAUACCAGGAAUAGAUGCCAUCUGCACAAAUUGUAUGACCAAAACAGUUGAUGCAGUUAAAUUUAUUUUAAAAUGUAAGCAGUCUACAGAAUUGCUUAACAGAAUAUUCGACAACAUUAUAGAAGCAUUACAAGAUGAUUCUGAAUUAACCAAUAAUAGAAGUUUGUACAUUGCUUUAAAUGACAGCGACAUUAGUACUAUAUUGAUUUUAAGAAAUGAGAAUGAUGAUGAAAAACUUGAAGCAUGGAAUGAUAACGGUAAUAAAAAACAAAGGCAGUUCCAGUGCUUACACUGCAAUAUAAUAUUAGAUAAUAUUGAUAAUCUUAAAGAUCAUAAUGAAACAUGCCAUGAUAUUUUAACAUGUACACUAUGUUAUGAAACAUUUUUUGAUCACAGUGAAUUAGAAAUCCAUGUAAGCACGACCCACAGAUUCCAAUGCUCCAAAUGCAAAAUGUAUAAAAAUAGCGAAGAGGAUCUUGUAAAACAUAUGGAUAGGAUGCAUAAAAAAUAUUUAUGCAAGGAGUGUGGUAAAUGCUGCCAAGGUUUAGAUAAAUUACGCAGUCACGAACAGAAACAUGUGACAAGAAAUGAAUGCCCCAAAUGUGGCAAAUCAUAUGCAACUAAAGACUUCUUUAUUAAACAUGUCAAAUUGUGCCUAGAAGACCUUAUAGAUCCACAUCCCAUUAGGAGCAAUAUAAAGAAAACUUUCAUUUGUAGUACUUGUAAUAAAGGUUACAGCACAGUAGGUGGGCUACGAGUCCAUAUGAGAUUUGUGCACGGCAAUGCUAAGCCACAUAUAUGCAAUUACUGUGGGAAAAAGUUUACUGCACCAAGCUAUUUGAAAACACACUUAAUAAAACAUACUGGGGAAAAGAACUUCAAAUGUGAUAUUUGUUCCAACAGAUUCGUUUCUAAAGAAGCCUUACUAUACCAUACAAGAAGACAUACUGGAGAGAAGCCUUACUCUUGUACAAUGUGUAAUGAGAGAUUUGUAAACGCGUCAGCUAGAGCUGAUCAUAUUAGAUUUAGGCAUGUGGGUCCUACAUUAAGCUGUCACAUUUGCUCACGUAAAUUUGUAACGUCUCAUUUCUUGAAGCAGCAUUUGAGCAGGCAUCAUGAUCCUGCAAGUAGAUUGUAUAAAGUGCAACAGGAUUAUUGCAACUAAUAUAAAGUCCAAACUUUGACAAAUUAUUCAUAAAUUCCUAGCAAAAAUUACAUUAAACAGUUCAAAAGAGUUUAUGUAACUUUAUCUUCAAAUUUUUCUCUACAAGUCAAAUAUCUAUUUAAAAGUCUAGUAAUUCAAAUAACAUCAUAAUUAAAGUAAUCCUGGAUCACUUUGUGAAUACCCACAAAUAUACUAGAGUAACUAGAGGAAACAAAUAAGAGCAGAGUUGAAGAGGAUGGGGAAUUUAUUUAAGUAUGAAUUGAUAAGUAAAAUGUAUAUUGUAUAUACAUAAUGAUUGAAAUGUAAAAUAGAAUCCUUAUAUUUAUAUAGUAUAUAGCAAUAAAUCAAUAAAAUA